AUGGGCAUGUCUGAAAGUGGCUACCAAGUCACUAAAUAUGUUUACGCCAAUACUAAUCUGUUAAAUCAAGUUUUUGGUGAGAAACCAAAAGACCAAGGUGUUUGGUUGGGUUUUAUUGCAGUUUGCACGGAUCCAAAUGAGAUACGAAGGCUUGGACGACGAGACAUAGUGAUUGCAUGGAGAGGAACUCAGACUGCUGAAGAAUGGAUAGAAGACCUGAGAGAUAUUCUUGUACCUACAAGAUUAUCCUAUAGAUGCAAGAGGACAGGCAAAAACCAAGAGCAUCAUUUCGCGGAUGGAGUACUAAUUGAGAGAGGAUUCCUGAGCUGCUAUACUUCAACUGUCCGUCACCGUCAAGGCGCUGUAGGAGCCACUGUGAACAUCAGCACCAGAGAUUUGGUAGUCUCAGAGAUAGAACGAUUGAUUCAAGUUUAUGAAAAAGAGAUGGACAAUUUAAGCAUAACAUUUACGGGACACAGCUUAGGAGCUGCUCUUGCAACCUUGAGCGCUUAUGAUAUCAAACAAAUGCUUUGCACCGAGCAUAAUUUUCAUCAAAUUCCCGUCACCGUCUUCGCUUUUGCCUCUCCCCGGGUGGGGAAUAUUGCGUUUGCUAAACGGGUGGAGGAGAUUGGAGUGAAAGUGCUGAGGUUUGUGAACAAGCGUGACCUGGUUCCCAAAGUGCCCGGAGUUUGUAUGAACGAGAACGUGGGAUGCCUCAGCAAAUUGCUGCAUUGGCUUCCGUGGACAUACUUUCAUGUUGGCGUCGAGCUUCCUUUACACAACAAUUCUCCAUUCAUUCAGCACACCCAUAAUCUUGCCUACUUUCAUAAUUUAGAGCUUUACUUGCAUUUACUGGACGGGUACGUUGGAAGUAAGCAGCCGUUUUCUUGGAGUGGAAGAGAUCAUGCUCUGGUUAAUAAGAGCUGUGAUUUAUUGCGCGAGAAAUAUGAAAUUCCUCCAAAAUGGUGGCAGGAACAGAACAAGGGCCUCGUUAAAGGUCCAGAUGGCAAAUGGACGCAGCCAUCAGAAGAGGAAUAA